CUUAUCACGAGAUCUUAUGUUCAACUCUUAUUACCUGUCGCUCAUUGUUUCUUUGCAUGCGAGUUCUUUCAAGCUAGAUCUUUCUGGUUCACGAAAUCGUCUUAGCGGAGUUUGGGUAUCAACCAAACAUUUCUGGGAAUGGUAAUGAUCUAUGGCUGGGCCAGACACUCCACUCUGAAUUUUAUUCACUUUUCUCGAACCUUUUGUCGCCGAUCUUCUCCUCUACCGAAGAGGAGCUUCUCAAUAUGCACCACGCUGAGGAAUAACUCUCAAUCAGUUACCCACGAUCACCAUGACCACCGAACAAGGAACAUCGGAAUUAUCGCUCACAUCGAUGCUGGGAAGACGACCACGACAGAGCGUAUGCUCUACUAUAGUGGUCAUACUCGCCGCAUAGGUGAUGUUGACGAAGGUUCAACUGUCACAGAUUUCUUGCCAGCGGAGAGAGCCCGUGGGAUUACGAUUCAAUCAGCAGCGAUCACCUUUGAAUGGCCGCCUGUUGACGCCUGUGCUUCGCAUAGUGGUGAUACUGAUCACCACAGGCAGCCCCGGUCUCGGUUCUCUCACAAUGUCAACCUCAUCGACACACCGGGCCAUGCCGACUUUACUUUUGAGGUCCGGAGAUCACUCAGGAUUCUAGACGGUGCCGUCUGUAUCCUCGAUGGGGUGGCCGGUGUAGAAGCGCAGACUGAACAAGUGUGGACUCAGGCGGGUGAUUGGAAAAUCCCUCGAAUCGCAUUCGUCAACAAGCUAGACCGGGAUGGCGCGGCUUUUGGUCGAACUGUCCGGGAAAUUGGCUCUCGUCUCGCUGGGUGGCCUGCACUGUGUCAGAUUCCAUGGUUCGAAGGAGGAAAGGGUCGCUUCACAGGUAUCUGUGAUGUCAUCAACCUGGAAGGUCUCCUGUAUCCGCAUGGCGGAGACGGAAAAAAAAUCGAACGAGUUCCACUUUCGAGGUUGGACAAGGAGUAUCCCGAGAUGGGGGCAGAGCUGAAACGAGCACGAGCAGCUCUCGUCGAGCUUCUUAGUGAGCAUGAUGAAGAGCUGGUCGAGGCUUUCUUCGAAAUGGAAGAAGACCACCUGGCAAUCACUCCGGCCCAGAUUCUGGACAGUCUACGGAGAAACUUACUUUCGAACGAGAGCACCAUCAUUCCGGUGUUCGCAGGAGCCAGUUUCCGCAAUAUCGGAGUUCAGCCUUUGUUGGACGCGGUGAACAAUCUUCUGCCUAGCCCUAAAGAGAGACCGGACCCCGAAGUGAGCUUGGGGGCAGCUCGAGGAGGACUGUCGCAGUUGAUAAAAGGUGAGCUUGCGAUGGAGGAAGCUGGCAACACAAAGAAGCGGCAAUCACAGUCGUCCUUGAUGGCAAUUGGGAACGCUUUGGAGGGUUGUGCUCUAGCGUUCAAGGUGGUCAACGACGCACGAAAAGGUGUACUAGUUUAUAUCCGGGUUUACUCUGGAUCGAUCGACCGGAACGCACUGCUGUACAACACAAACUUGCAAAACUCGGAACGAGCGACGAUCUUGUACCGAAUGUAUGCAUCAGAAGCAUUACCAGUCCAGUCAUUAAAAGCGGGCGAAAUUGGAGUCAUCGCAGGGUCCAAGUUUGCUCGAACAGGAGACACAUUGAUUUCGUAUGCUGGGAACAAAGCCACUCCUCCAGCGCCGUUGAACCAGCUACAGCUCCGACCAAUCCACGUGCCACCUCCAGUCUUUUUCGCAGCGUUGGAGCCAAAUAGCUUGAGGGAAGAGAAAGAGAUGCACGAAAAGUUGGCGCUCCUGCUUCGAGAAGAUCCCAGUCUGCAAGUGAGCCAAGAUGAAGACACUGGGCAGACAUUGAUCAGUGGGAUGGGAGAGCUACAUCUUGAGAUUGCAUAUGACAGAUUGGUGCACGAUAUGAAAGCUAAGGCGCGGAUGGGCAAGAUUGCUAUUGGAUAUCGAGAAUCACUCCCUCACGCAUCGAAAAGUGUGACCAAAAUGUUGGAAGGGGAUCGCGCAGGAGCCAAGGGACGAGGAGGCUGUGAGGUUGUGGUUGAACCGUGGUCUAGUGCCCCUGAAGUCGAUUCGGAGAUGGAGUCUCGCAUGACACAUGAGCAAGAUGGCAACUUGAUUGUGGUGGAAGCACCUUCACUGGACAAGCGAGGCCGACCACUUGACGCGGACAAUGCCAGUCUUCCCACCAAUCUGACCCUUCCGGAAAUCCAAACGGCAUACGUCAACGGUGUUCUUGCAGCAUUGAGUCGAGGUCCGUCGUAUUCAUUUCCAGUUCGAAAUACCAAAGUGACAGUAACGCUGCGGCCAGAAGCGCAUCUCUUUGGCGGCGAGACAACCUAUGCAUCGCUAACAUCGGCAGCACGGCUUGCAACCAUUGCUGCCUUCAGGGAGGCCACGAAAGACACACCUAGUUUCCUGAUGGAGCCGGUUAUGAAUGUUGACAUUAGUGUGGAUGAGUCGAGUAUGGGAGCCAUCAUCCAGGACAUUUCUUCCAGUCGAGGGGGACAGAUCCUUUCGCUCGGAGACAAUGAAGAACAUGAGGCAAGCUCUGACACGGGACGAAAGGUCAUCGAUGUCAGCAAGAUCUAUGCACCCAAAGAUCCCUUUGAAUCCGGAUCGUCGGGAGCAGGGCAACAAACUCAAGUCAACCCCCAGAGAACAGUCAAGGCCAGGGUACCUUUGAAGGAGAUGGUGGGCUAUCUCAAACACCUUCGGAGCAUGACAGGCGGUCGUGGCACAUUUGUGAUGAAUGUGGAUCGAUUCGAAAAGGUCUGUGGGCAGAGGGAGAAGAUGUUGAUUACUGAGUUGAGGGGUGAGAGUAUGUGAGUUGAGAUGAUGGUGAGGAUGGGUGGUUGUCGUAAUCAAGUGAUGGAGGACAUGUACAACAAGGACCUAGGUUGUCACCAAUUGUAUUAACAUUAUCAUCAAG